CUCGGUAAGUGUUAAACGUUCCUGUCCAUUUAUUUAGCGAAUAGUAGUGCACUCAGCUAGAAAAUAAUAUAUUUUGCUUUGGCACGGUCGUGCUACCAUCUAUACAACUCAAAAGGAGCUUAAAAUAUUUUUUGUCGGGCAGUGAGGUGACUAGAAUACCAACAUGGUGAUGAACCCUGUCAUCUCCAAGCUGGCCGGUAAACUGGUUGUGCUGGCGAGCUCAUCUCCACGACGGCUGGAGAUCCUCCGUAAUGCUGGCAUGCGCUUUGAGGUGGUGCCAUCCUGUUUCAAAGAAACUCUUGACAAGCGACUUUUCAAAGCGCCACAAGAGUAUGCAGUGGAGACGGCCAAGCAGAAGGCUCUGGAGGUGACGCGGAGGAUGCCCUGUAACCACCGAAAGAUGCCAGACAUUGUGAUUGGAGCUGACACCAUUGUGACUGUAGAUGGAAUGAUAUUGGAGAAGCCACGAGACAAGCAAGAUGCAUACAGGAUGCUGUCAAGUUUGAGUGGUAAAGAGCACAGUGUCUUCACAGGGGUCGCCAUUGUCCUCUGCCAUGAGAAUGAAAAUGAGGAGGUGGAUUACCAGAUAGUGGACUUCUAUGAAGAAACAAAGGUUAAGUUUGCAGACCUUUCUGAGGACAUGCUGUGGGAGUACAUCGACAGCGGUGAACCCAUGGACAAGGCAGGCGGCUAUGGCAUCCAGGCGCUAGGCGGCAUGUUGGUGGAGUACGUGCAUGGAGACUUCCUUAACGUUGUGGGCUUCCCCCUCAACCACUUCUGCAAACAGCUGGACAUCAUUUACAACUGCCCCCCCUCUUCCUCCGAUGGCCAACACGGUUCUUGCCAUGGCGAUGCUGCCCCCUGUUCAGUAUCAACUCCUCCUCCAAUUACCCCAUCAGCGACGCACACGGCACAACCUGCAUGCAGUGAGUCUGGGCAUGCAGAGGUCAGACACUCUGGGGAAACACAGUUAAUAAAUGAGAUCCACCAGAGAGAGUGUGAGGACAGUGAAGAAGCCAGAGAGGACUUGCAGAGAAUCAUUCAACUGAUUGAUGGAUUUAAAGCCUCAAAGGCGCUGUUUACUGCCUCCAGCUUGGGCAUAUUUGACUUGCUACAGCGCAAGCCGGCUCUGAACGCAGCUCAGGUGGCCCACGAGCUGAAAACCUCCAUAAAGGGAAUGCAGUGUCUAUUGGAAGCAUGUGUCUCGCUAAAUUUGCUAAAGACUCAAAACUGUGAGGCGCCUGUGUAUGAGAACACAGACCUGGCCAAACGAUUUCUGCUGUCUGACGCUCAGUGGUCCCUGCUGGGCCACAUCGCGCACUACAACGACACCGUGUGGCCACUCUUCCACCACCUGGACAGCGCCGUGAAGGAAGGCAACCACCAACACCAUAAGGCCUUCGGAAAGAAAUGUGGUGUCUUAUUUCAGGACACAAUCUAUAGCAGCGAGGAGAUCCAAUUGAAGUUCAUGAAGGCCAUGCACAGCCUCGCCAAAGUAAGUGGAAGAGCGGUGGCCACAGCCUUCGACUUAUCCGCUUUUAAGACCGCCUGCGACCUCGGAGGCUGUACAGGUGCCAUGGCAUCUGAGUUCACCAAAGCUCACCCUGAGAUGUGUGUGACAGUGUUUGACUUACCAUCCGUUGUCAAAAUGAGUCAACAUUUCCAUCCGCCAUGCGCUGAAGACAGGGUCACGUUUGUGUCAGGAGACUUCUUCAAAGACGAUUUACCCAAAGCGGACUUGUACAUCCUGGCUAGAAUUCUCCAUGACUGGUCUGAUGAGAAAGUUCACAUACUGCUCGGCAGAAUCGCAGAUGUGUGCACACCAGGCUGCGCAGUUCUCAUCGCGGAGACCAUGUUGGAUGAUUCCCCUUACGCUACACUGCAAUCCCUCAACAUGCUGGUCAACACUGAGGGCCUGGAGAGGACGCAGCGCCAGUAUGCAGACUUGCUGGGAAAACACGGCUUCGGGAGGGAGAGCAGGGUUCAUACCAUGAACUUUCUGGAUGCUUUAAUUGCCUUUAAACUGUGAAAAAACAAAACACUUUUUAUUCACUUAAUUUGGCAGAAGAAGUGGCGCCAUUAUCAAUGUUCACAAAAAUCUGCGUCUUUUAGGUUAUGCAAAGCAUAGAUAAACACAAUGCACCCCAUUGGACAUCAUCUGGAUUUUUUUUAUUUUUUAAUUUUUUUUUUUACAUUGGAUUCGUGUAUAUGCUAUAUGGGGCAAAUGGUGGUCAGGGCAGAUACUGACUGGUUUUCUGACACCUCCGGACCACCCCCAAUACACUUAAACUGCACAUUUUGGAGUGGCCUGUCAUUGUGGCCAACCUAAGGCACAUCUGUCCAGUAGUAAUGCUGUCUAAUCAGCAUCCUGCUAUGCUACAUGUGUGAGGUGGAUAGAGUUUGAAUCAUGAAUGAUGAAUACUCACUAAAACAUAUUUAUAUAGAUUUGCAAACAAUAGAGUAUUUGUAAAAGAUAGGCCUUUUGUGCACAUAGAAAAUUUUUUUUUAUCUUUUGGAAUAUAUGGCAGGCUGCAGUAGUGCGCAGACCUCACAGCUACGAGACCUGGGUUCAAUUCCACCCUCAGUCAUCUCUGUGUGGAGUUUGCAUGUUCUCCCCAUGCAUGCGUGGGUUUUCUCCGGGUACUCCGGUUUCCUCCCACAUUCCAAAAACAUGCUAGGUUAAUUGGCGACUCCAAAUUGUCCAUAGGUAUGAAUGUGAGUGUGAAUGGUUGUUUGUCUAUAUGUGCCCUGUGAUUGGCUGGCGACCAGUCCAGGGUGUACCCCGCCUCACCCCCGAAGACAGCUGAGAAUAAAUGAAUAUAUGGCGAUUCGAUUAUUGCCCUCUCGCUAUAUCAUGGUUCUUCAGAAAUGUAUUGUAAACAAUGAAUAAUAGGACUUUAAAGGGGACUACAGUAAUGUUAUUUCAUGUUUACUUGACUUUAAAUGUUCAAAAACAUAUUUAGAAAGCCGGAAACCGGUUUCUAUGCUCUUCUGGGGCAGAGCAUUGGACACUAGGCUCCUUUCCAUUAUGGACAAUCAGCAUCAUCAAUGCAUAGCAUCAUCUCCUGAGAGAAAAAUAGUUCCAGUGGCAGAUUACUAUCACUGUCCUGCUCCAAUGAGAAUCUACCAUCUACACUCACCUCCCCCCAUCUUUCUCUCAUACACGUCACAAUGAUGUUGCUACUGUGUAUUGUGUUUAAAAAAAAAAAAAAAACGAGACAGGCAAAGAGGUCCCUUAUGGUCCAGGUCUCCCAUGUUUGUGUCCAAGCAUGUACAGUAUGUCCAAGGUCGCCUAAUCCAACCAUUCAAGUCAAUCACCAGAGACCAAAGACCAUCAUUAUUUAAGGAAAAUAUCUGAAAACCUACCGUGGUAACACGAUCUGGCGACGUCCAACUCAGGUCACACUGUACGUGUCGGAUAAGGCCUCCGUCAUUUUGUCCAAGCGCAGUCCUGACAAGUGGCAGCUGCAAGUAAUCAUCGUUCUCCCGUUAAGUGCUUUGAUACUACAGUGACUGAUUUAAGGCCGUCGUUCUGUAGCAAUUGCGCCAAAACGUUCCCAGAUGUUUGUAGGCUGCUUGACUUUUUUUUUUUUUUUUUUUUUUUGGUGUUCUGUUUGUGUUUGCCGCUUGUGGGACAGCCAGUAAAAACAUCCACAGUGUUAAGUAACGCUUAACAAAAGCUGUUUGAAAAGUUGUGGUCGCAAAGUUUUACACGAUUUGAUUUUUGACCACAAGAGGGCAAAAUUGAGUAACAAUGUCAAGCUGUAGUGUUUUGCUUUCAUUUUCAAAAGUUGCUUGAAUAAAAAUGGUGGCCUCUGCUCUGGAAUGGCAUCUGUAAA